AUGAUACAGCCCGACGCGCACCCCGCGCUCGCCCUGCUCGUUAAAGGUGACGUGGACGGCUCCGUGGAAGCUAUCCUGGACAUUCUGGAGACAUAUGAUGAACAUGAAACUGUAAGAUUAGAUCUCGUGCACUUCGGGGUUGGACCAAUCACGCCUAACGACUUGGAGAUAGCAGAGAUAUUCAAAGCCGUGAUCUACGCUUUCAACGUGGAUUGUCCACCGCCGUUAGCAGUGGAGGCAAAAAAGAAGAAUAUUGCGAUUAAAAAACACAACAUUAUCUACCGAAUGGUGGAUGACAUCAAGGAAGAACUUAGUGUCAGGAUACCGAAGAGACAGGAGGAAGAGUUUGUUGGUGAAGCUAACGUCCUCCAAGAAUUUAUAGUGACUGAGAACAAGAAGAAAGUGCCGGUGGCGGGAUGUCGGUGCACGAAGGGUUCGCUCGCACGUAAUGCCUUGUACAAGGUCAUUAGAGGUGAAGACGUCGUGUACCAAGGUAAAUUGGCGUCCAUGAAGCACCUAAAAGAUGAAGUGGCAACGAUCAAGUGCGACAUGGAGUGUGGGCUGCGGUUCGAGGAGCCGGUCCCUCUGCAGCCCGGGGACACCGUGCUGUGCUACCGCCUCGUCGACGUCACGCACCACACCGCCUGGGACCCCGGCUUUUGA